GGUUGGGUUGGGACCACGCAAUCCUUGCAGAACUUGCAUUCGAAACCUGCGAUCCAGGCUGUGCCCUCGUGCUUUAGGGCCUGGGGUCUCGGUGACCAAGUCCUCUGUCCUGGAGGAGUGGAGCCAGCUUCCGUGGACCACACUUAGAAUGAGAGAAUUAUGCAAGCAAAGGCUGGUCUCGUGACAUGUGCGCAUUACGACAGAACAAUGAUUGAUUGCGUGGACGGGAAGUUGGAGGGGAACGCUCGGAGAGCAGAGUCACCAGUGCCGUGGGCGCAGGAAGGCGUUGUAGAGGAUGCAGGUGGAGAUGGGCUUUGUGAAAGCUUCGGGCUUCUGCAGGUGGACGUGGAGUGUGAGUGCCGAGGGAGAGAGGCCCCUCCCACAGGCCUUGUGCCGUGGUGCUCGGAAAUGAGUAGGCUGGCAGGGCAGAUCCGAAGGUUGUAUGGUUCAAACAAAAAGGCUGACAGACCCUUUUGGAUCAGCCUCACUGGAUUCACAACUGAUAGUCCUCUCUAUGAAGAAUGUUUGAGGAUGAACGAUGGAUUUUCUAGUUACCUGCUAGACAUAACGGAAGAAGACUGCUUUAGUUUAUUUCCUCUGGAAACCCUUGUGUAUCUUACUCCCGACUCAGAACAUGCUCUUGAAGAUGUUGAUCAAAACAAAAUUUAUGUCCUUGGGGGACUUGUGGAUGAAAGUAUUCAAAAGAAAGUGACAUUGCAAAAAGCCCAGGAACACUCUGUCAAGACAGCCCGUUUGCCAAUCCAGGAAUACAUGGUCAGGCGCCAAAAUGAGAAAAACUAUCAUUCAGAGAUACUGUCCAUCAAUCAAGUUUUUGAUAUCCUGUCCACUUACUUUGAUACUCACAACUGGCCUGAAGCACUGAAGAAAGGAGUUUCUCCAGGAAAAGGCUAUGUUCUGUGGAAUUCAGACGAAUAAUAGCAGCCUGAAAUGUUUUCACCAAAGAAAACUGUGGUCAUGACACACAACUUGCCUCUUCUUGACCUCCUUGGAUCUUUAUAGGAUAAGUCACCAGUGGCAAGGACCGUAUUUUAGGCUUUUGUAUCACCUGUCUCGCAGGAGGUGCCCUGAUAAGUUUGUAUAACAAGGAAUUAUCCCUAAAACUACCUGGCUUUGGGAAUAUUAAUUCAUCUUUUGUAUCUAUUUCUGAAAAACCUGCUUUAGAGAUUGUGUAAUAAUUCAAUAUUAUGUCAAGAGUUUAAUUUUCACUAAACUGGCAUGAACUUAUGGGAUUCUAGGAUGGCGAGAUAGCCCAGCAGACUAAAAUGCCUGCUUAGGCAAGCUUAGGGACCACACAUCGAUCCCCAGCACCAC